AUGCAUAUCAACAACUGUUAUGGAGCUUCCAAUACAGAAUCAGAAGAUACUAAUUUAAGGGUGGGAUUCUAUUCUACAACAUGUCCAAUGGCUGAAUCCAUUGUCUCUAAUGUUGUUCGAAAUGCAUCUAUUUCUAACCAUAGAAUCGCUGCCAUCUUGCUCAGACUUCAUUUCCAUGACUGCUUUGUUGAGGGUUGUGAUGGGUCAAUUCUUAUAGAUAAUGGGAUAAACUCUGAAAAAAAUGCAUUCGGCCAUCAAGGUGUUGAAGGAUUUAAUGAGAUUCAAAUAGCCAAAUCUCUGAUUGAAUCUGAAUGUCCUGGGAUUGUUUCUUGUGCUGAUAUUGUUGCUCUUGCUGCUAGAGAUGCUCUGUUCUUGAGUAAAUUUGGAGUAAGGUAUGAUGUUCCAACGGGAAGAAGAGAUGGGCUUGUUUCAAAUAUAUCUCUGGCUGGAAUCAUGCCGGAGGUUGAUGAAUCUAUUGAAAGCAUCAAGUCCAAGUUCAUCAGUAAGGGUUUCACUGCUAAAGAACUAGUCAUCCUCUCUGGUGCGCAUUCUAUUGGAACCACGGCUUGUUUCUUCAUGCCCAAACGUCUAUACAAUUUCACUAACAAGAACGACCCGGAUCCGAGUAUAAACAAGGCAUUUCUUUCGGAGCUCCAAUUUCUCUGCCCAAUUAACGGCGACGUUAACGCUCGGAUCCCGUUGGACAUGGUGAGCAGUCACGUGAUGGAUGAUCAGAUACUUCGAAACAUACAAAAUGGGUUCGCCGUCAUCGCCUCAGACGCGCGAUUAUACGAUGAAAGUGAAACCAAACAGGUCAUAGAUUCGUAUUCGAGCUUGAUUUAUGGAUCUUCGUCUUCAUUUAUGGAAGAUUUUACAGCCGCCAUUGUUAAGAUGGGGAAGUUAGGAGUCAAAACUGGAUUAAAUGGUGAGAUAAGAAAGCAAUGUAAUUCCUUUAAUUAA